AUGCAGCCUACUCUUGGGCCUUUUGAGUAUCAUUCAGAUGAGCUCAAGAAGCUAGGGAUAUCCCUAUCCCCGGAGACCACCACCUCCACAGCCACCACCAUCUCCAGACAACACAGUGCUGCCAUUACUGACCCCGCCACUAACCCCACCUUAAUUACCACUCGGCGUGAGCCUAGCAAGGCCCAUUAA